AUGGACGCUGCCCUCACCGCAGCGCUCGCGGACAGCGACAGCGACAGCGACGAAGGCGAGCAACAGCAAAGCGAAAAAGCCGCGGCCAAGGUCGCGCUGCGCGCCAACCGCGCGCUCCAGGCCCGGCUGGAGGCGGCGCUCAAGCGGACUCGGGGCGCGAUGGGCGCGCCGCUGCGCGAGCGUAACGCCGCGCUCGACCGGCUGCUCAUCGCGCGCGCCGCCAAAGCGCCGUUGCCACCGCCGUCCCCGCUUUCCUUCAUCGACCUGAACGCCGCCGCCGCGAAGUGGGCACGCCCGCCACCGGCAGCCCCCGCGCCGCCGCUCCACGACGCCGCCGACGAGGAGCUCGCCGACACCCCGGCAGUCACGACGGCGCUAGCCGCGGUGCAGCGCGCCGAAGUCUUAUCUCGAAGGAUCGAGGCGCAGACGCGGGAGGUGGAGGUCGCGUUAGCCGGCAUGCCAUUGAGGGGCGUCGACGAGCCCGUCGCGCCGGCGCCGGCCCCAACGCAGGAACCGGCGGCCCCCGCGCCGCGGCCGGCGCCCGAGCCUGCCGCGCCGGCGCCGGCGCCGGCGGCCCCCGCACCGGCCCCGCGCGACGCCGACGCUCCCCAACAACCCCCGGAAAAGCGCCCGCUCUGGACCGCGGACGAGGACGCGCAGCUGCGCGACCGCGUCUCGGUCUACUGCGGCCUAAUUCGCGGCGACCGCUGGCGGGCUGUCGCCGAGGCCUUUCCCGGCAAGACGCCGAGGCAGUGCCGCCUCCGCUGGACGGAGACGCUGCGGUGGAAUCCGCGCAUGGCUCGAUCGGCAUCCGGCGUUGCGACCGGCGCAAAGUGGGCGCCCGCCGAGGAGCGGACAUUGGUAAGGGCCGUGCGCAAACGCGCGCCGCCGCGGUCCGUGCCGCCGGGCGCGACGGGCGCGGAGGCGGUACCCUUCGUCGUCCCCUCGGGCGACCACCACUGGGGCUUCUGGUCUUCCGUCGCGGUCGACGUGCCCCGGCGGACGCCGUACGGGUGCCGCGACAAGUGGAUGCAGAUGCUCGACCCGACCAUCAGCCGGCGGCCCUGGUCCGACGCCGACGACGCGGCGUUGGCGGCCGCGGUCGCGCGGCACGGCGCCGGCAAGUGGAUGACGAUCUCCAAGGACGUGCCGCACCGCACGGACGCGCAGUGCCGCCGGCGCUGGGUGCAGAAGAAUCCCACCUGGGAGCCGGAACGCACCGCGCCCGCGCCCGCGCCCGAGCCCGCGCCGAUUGACGCGCUGCUCCGCGACGUCGCCGAGGAGGAGGAGCUCGCCGCCGCCCCACCACUGUCCCCACCAGUCGCCGAACCCGCCGCCGAGCCGGCUGCUGCGGUCGCGCCCGAGGCGUCCGACGCGAUUGAGGUCGAGCCCGCCACCGAGCCUGCCGCUCCGGAGGCGCCAGAGGCGUCCGACGCGAUGGAGGCCGAGCCGGUGGCGUUCGAUGAGGCCGCCGCCACGCGUGAGGCCAAGAAACUCUAA